GUUGGUGAGUACUCUGUGGUCUGAUAACUCAGCUACAGGUCAGCAUGUCUGAACGAAUGAUGUCAGGAUGUCCCGAGGAUGAGUGAGCACAGCACCUGUCCCUGCAUUUACCUGCUGUGCAGGUGGAGCUGGAGCUGACAGCCAACCAGAAAGGGGUUGGGAUUCCUGCAGGGCUCUCUGUGGCAUGUGAGGGUGCAGUCCUUGGCCUGAAAAGAGAGAACUAUUCCAUAUGUAGCUGCACCAGAUCGGGUGUUGGGCUCCAUACCCUGUUCCUUUUCUCCAGGAGUCGGUGCUGGAUCUCAGGGGCAAUGCCACCAAGAACCUUUGACUCCAAUUAGCCCAUGUUGGCUCCAAUUGCACCUGGGCACAGCGUGCUGCAAAGCUACUGUCGGCCUCGCUGCUUUGGGGAGUGGCUGAGGAUGCCUGUGGAGGAACCGAGGACUCCUGUCUCUACAUAAGCAGUGGCAGAGAGAGAGACAUGUGGGGACAGCGCCCUUCCAGCCGGUACAAUACUCCCUGCACUGAGACAAGCGUCGCUAACUAUGGCCAUCGCUUGGAGGCUUCUUAUAUGGACUGUCACCUUCACCACCACCGUCUGCAGUUUUCGGGGUUACAUGUUCCAGUCGCAAGAGGAGUUCCUUUCCAGCCUCGAUCACUAUGAAAUUGCAUUCCCCAUCCAAGUGGACCAAAACGGGGACUUUCUCACCUUUGACAUGAGGAGCCAGCUGAAGCAACGCCCUCGGCGCAGUCUGGGCUCCUUGCCCUACGAGCCAUCAGAGCAGCAGGUUUUCUACAAAGUCUCUGCCCAUCGAACCCAGUUCCUCCUCAACUUGACACUGCACUCCAACCUGCUGGCUGAGCACUUCACUGUCGAAUACUGGAAGCGAGAUGGUGUGGACUGGCAGCAUGAUUUCCAUGAGGAUUGCCACUAUGCGGGCCACCUGCAGGAUCAGUACCUGAACUCAAAGGUCGCCAUCAGCAACUGCAAUGGACUGCACGGGGUAAUAGUCGCGGAUGAGGAGGAGUAUUUCAUCGAACCGCUGAGCCCAGGAGCCAACGUCAGCGCAGGGAACGAGGGCAAGGGCAGCCCCCACGUUGUGUACAAGCGAUCAUCCCUCCAGUACCCACACAUGGACGCAGCCUGCGGCGUGCUAGAUGAGAAACCCUGGAAGGGGAGGCACUGGUGGCUGCGGACACUGAAGCCAUCCCCACUGAAGCCAUCGGGCAACCACAGCCAGCGAGGCCAGCUGCCCCUGAAGAGAUCCGUCAGCACAGAGCGCUACGUGGAGACCCUGGUCGUAGCCGACAAAAUGAUGGUGGGGUACCACGGCCGGCGAGACAUAGAGCAGUACAUCCUGGCCAUCAUGAAUAUUGUUGCCAAACUUUUCCAGGACUCGAGUCUGGGCAAUAUUGUCAAUAUCCUGGUGACCCGGCUGAUUCUCCUCACUGAGGAUCAGCCCACACUGGAGAUCAACCACCAUGCUGGGAAAUCCCUGGACAGCUUCUGCAAGUGGCAGAAAUCCAUUGUGAACAGGAACGGCAACGGGAACGCUAUCCCCGAGAACGGCAUAGCUAACCAUGACACCGCAGUGCUGAUCACCAGAUACGACAUUUGCAUCUACAAGAAUAAGCCCUGUGGCACACUGGGCCUGGCCCCAGUGGGUGGCAUGUGUGAGCGAGAACGAAGCUGCAGCAUCAAUGAGGACAUUGGCCUGGCCACAGCCUUCACCAUUGCCCAUGAGAUUGGCCACACGUUUGGCAUGAAUCAUGAUGGGGUUGGCAACAGCUGUGGCUCCCGUGGGCAAGAAACGGCCAAGCUGAUGGCUGCUCACAUCACCAUGAAAACCAACCCCUUCGUAUGGUCUACAUGCAGCAGGGAUUAUAUCACCAGCUUCCUGGACUCUGGGAUGGGAUUAUGCCUGAACAACGCUCCUCCCAAGCAAGACUUUAUCUACCCCACAGUGGCUCCAGGACAGGCCUACGAUGCAGAUGAGCAGUGCCGUUUCCAGUACGGAGUUAAAUCUCGCCAGUGUAAAUACGGGGAAGUCUGCAGUGAGUUAUGGUGUCUGAGCAAAAGCAACCGCUGCAUAACCAACAGCAUCCCUGCUGCAGAGGGGACCAUCUGCCAAACCAACACCAUUGAGAAGGGGUGGUGCUACAAGAGGGAAUGUGUGCCCUUUGGCACCCGGCCGGAGGGCGUGGAUGGUGCCUGGGGGUCCUGGUCGUCCUGGGGUGAGUGCAGCAGGACAUGUGGUGGCGGUGUGUCCUCCUCCGUCCGGCACUGCGACAGCCCACGGCCCACGAUUGGAGGGAAGUACUGCCUGGGGGAACGGAAACGCUAUCGGUCCUGUAACACUGAUGACUGCCCGCCAGGGUCCCAGGACUUCCGAGAGUUGCAGUGUGCUGAGUUUGAUAAUGUCCCCUUCCGAGGGAAGUACUACACCUGGAAGACAUACCGGGGAGGAGGGGUGAAAGCCUGUUCUCUCAACUGCCUGGCCGAGGGCUUCAACUUCUACACGGAGAGAGCUGCAGCCGUAGUGGACGGGACACCGUGCCGGCAGGACUCCAAUGACAUCUGCGUCAACGGGGAAUGCAAGCACGUGGGCUGUGACCGUGUCCUGGGCUCUGAUGCGAAGGAGGACAAGUGCCGUGUGUGCGGGGGAGAUGGCAGCUCCUGUGAGACCAUCGAGGGCAUCUUCAACCAGUCACUGCCAGAGGGAGGUUACGAGGAGGUGAUCCAGAUCCCCAAGGGCUCCGUCCACAUCGACAUUCGGGAGCUGAACCUCUCCAUCAACUACCUAGCAUUGAGAGGUGAUGCUGGUGAGUACUACAUCAAUGGGAAGCUCUCAAUCGACCCACCGCGACGCUUCGACAUCGCAGGCACCACAUUCCACUACAGGAGAUCCCCAGAUGAGCCUGAGUCCCUGGAGGCCCUGGGACCCACCAAUGUCACCCUCUUUGUCAUGGUCCUCGUGCGGACAGAGCUGCAGGGGAUCCGGUACAAGUUCAAUGCGCCCAUCAACAGAGACGCGUCCAACCAGUACUCCUGGCACUACACCCCGUGGACCAAGUGCUCGGUGCUAUGUGCAGGAGGCAGCCAGAUCCAGUCUGUUGUGUGCAGGAAACUCUCCGACAGCUCAACUGUCUCCAACCAUUUCUGUAGCCCUGAAACCAAGAUGCUGGAGCGGCAGAGGCCGUGCAACACCGAGCCGUGUGCCCCUGCCUGGGUGAUUGGGAACUGGUCCGAAUGCAGCCGAAGCUGCAACGAGGGUGUCCGCACACGCAGCGUCUUUUGCAAGCGUAAGAUCUCCGCCACCGAAGAGAAGACCUUGGAUGAUGCCUCCUGCACCCAACCACGGCCAAAGAUGCUUGAGCCUUGCAAUAACCAGACGUGCCCUCCAGAAUGGGUCGCCCUGGACUGGUCCGAGUGCACCCCGAGCUGUGGGCCAGGUUUCCGUCACCGCAUCGUGCUCUGCAAGAGCGGCGACCACAGCGCGACGCUGCCCACCUCCCAGUGCCCCGAGGGCUCCAAACCCCCCACCAGCAUGAGGUGCAACCUGCGACGCUGCCCACCCCCGCGCUGGGUGACCGGCGAGUGGGGAGAGUGCUCCUCACAGUGUGGCCUUGGCCAGCAGCGGCGAUCCGUCCAGUGCCUGGCUCACACCGGGCAGCCCUCCAGCGACUGCCUGGAGACCCUGCAGCCCCCCGGCAUGCAGCAGUGCGAGACCAAGUGCGAAUCAGGACCCACAGACAACCCUGAAGAAUGCAAGGAUGUGAACAAGGUGGCCUACUGCCCGCUCGUCCUGAAGUUCAAGUUCUGCAGCCGGACCUACUUCCGACAGAUGUGCUGUAAAACAUGCCAGGGGCACUAGGAACACGGUGACCCCAUGGGAAAACUGGAAGGCAAGAGUUGUGCCAGAGGGCCACCGAGCCGGGCCCUUCCUCUCGUCCCGGGAACCUUCCCCUGGGCCCAACACAGACACUGGUCGUGCUUCCGGAGGGAGCCGGCGUCACCCCACCUGUCCCCCAAAGACACGCACCCUUCGUCCCCGAGCAUCCCAAUGGCAGGAUCCCAGUUAAACCACUGCCGGCCGCUGCAGAGACCACGGCCAAGCGCGAGAGGAGCCAGUCACCGCGGUGGGAGAGGGAGAAGCUGGGCAGAGCGCGGCAGCAGGGACAUUACUUGAAAUUAUGAGACUGUUAUUUAUUUCGUAGCGGACCCAGGUCCUGCAGGUACCGAGGCUCCCACGUCCCGAGGGCUGGGGACACGGGGACGAGUUUUCAGGUGCCACGGGUGAUGUGCUUCUGGGUGGUGGAUGAAGACGAGCUGCUGUGGUGGGGCAGGGUGGGAACAGGGCUGUUGUCUUCAUCAUUUGUGCCCCGUCACCUUGGCACCUGCAGCGGGUGAUGGAGAACAGUGAGCGGAGCAGUGACACCAGUUUAACUGGGAGAGGGAGUUCUUCCAACUCUCUUAACAGCCGACUUUGAUUGGGGUGUCCCUCUAUUUUUCCUAAAAGCCCAUGUCACUAUUAUGAGUAUUUUUUGAUUCCGGAGACGCCUCGAAGCACACACUGUCAGGGCUGAGGCGUGCUUGGGGUUGCACGAUCCCUUACGGGGCGUUGAGGACUUGCUGGGCUGCAGGAAGCAAAGCCAGGGAGGAUACAGGAGGAGAAGUCACGGCCACAGUGUCCCCAUGGCCAAGCCGUGAAGUGGGACCAAUCUGUGCCUGGCCCUGGCUGGGUCCUCCCCAGGGAAUGCUGCGGCCUCCGAAGGUGCUUUGCCUCUAAGUGUGCUUUGCCUCCAAAGGUGCUUUGCCUCCAAUGGUGCUCUGCCUCCGCCGGCAUCUCGCUGCGUGCACCUCGGGGUGCCAGUCCCAAUGCCACCCCCAGGAGACCUCCAGCGAUGGGAAGAGAGCAGGUUAACAUUCUUCCAGGUCCCCUCCUCCUGGCCAAACCCACCCAUCUCCACAGGCCACCGCAGCCUGUGGGAGAAGACCUGAAUUAGCGAUGUACUAAGCAUGUGCUUCUUUUUACUAGUAUUAUUUUGGGGCCUUUCUGCAUCACAAAGAGAAGAAACCUUGUCCCAGGCCGUGCUCUGUUCCCCAUGGAGGUCAUCCUCAGGGUGCAGGGUCAGGGUCAGCCCCUUUCCCCGGAGGAGACCCCUCCAGCCCCGAUGUGUUCCUCUCCCAUCUGUAUUUUCCCCUGCUCGGAGCCGAUCGCAGCUUCUCUGGUGCUCAGCAAUCCCCUUUGGCUGGCGAGCGGGCGUGGGUUUGUCUUCCUUCCCAGUGCAAUGCUCCAUUCUGACGUUUUGGGAGGGGGUGUUUUCACCUUUUUAUAUAGAUAUAUAUAAUGAAAAAAAAAAAAGUGUUUAAAAUACUAACUCUGAGGAGGAGCGACGUAACGGCAUGAUUUAUAAUAAAGGAGUAGCUACGAUCCCAGGUGCA